AUGGAAGCUGCCAAGUGCCUGAGGGAGACUGGACGCUUUGAAGAAGCUUUGCGCAACUUCACGGAGGCUUACCAGAAGCACUUGAAGGAUUUGAAUCGACCGCAUCUAGGUUUUUCAGCCAUAUUUCCGCUCUUUUUUGCAUCCCUGCGCAGCGGCCGCGAUGUUUCAGCCACAAGCUGCGGCCGAGCACAGCUGGUGCGAUGUGAGGAUCACAUUACAGAUGCGUUCGCAUGCUGCCGCUCCUUGUUGGAAUCCCUUGCCUCUGACUUCGGGACACAAAUACCGCAAUGUCCUUCAGACAGCGGUGCUAAGCAGAAAUUUGUUCACGAGCUUUGCGCACAAGCAGGUAUUUGUUUAGACAUGGUCCGGCUUGGCCGUGUCUACCGAAAGAAGAGGCGGAUGUUGAUGGAAAGGGUCACCGGAUCAAACUUGCUGGACAGCAUGAGCAAUGCGCCCAGCACACCAGCAAGUAGCCAUCUUGAAGCCACGCCGCGAACGCCAGCAACACCAGCGGCUGGAAGUGCUGAGUACCAAAAACUCAUGUCGUCUGGUUUUCUACGAGCCGGGUCUUUAUUAAGAUCCGUGCAGGUAGAGAUGGAUGAAUUGCAUGAAGAAGCUCAACGUUAUGCAGCGGACCUGAAGCAGGGCAAGGUGGCGGAAGGGAAGGAAGCUCUUCACGGUGUUGCACAGGACGGAACUAUUGACCAGGAGCUGCUGCAGACCUUUGGCAGUUUUUUAGACCUGCAGUUGUUGCCCCUCUACGUGCGCGACGUGCCACUGGAAUAUGUGGGAGAGACACUUCUUCAUUAUUGCGGAAUUUCAUUGGACGAGGAGGACGAAAUCAAGGCAAGACAAGUGUUGGGCUGCCCUCCGCGACAAAAAACACAGAAGAAACACUUGGGAAAGCAAAUCUCUGACACAUCGAUGCCAGCCACACCAUCAAGUCAGGGAUCCGCCAUGGAGCCAUCUCUCAUGCAGAUCGUCCAGGCCUCUGGCCAGGAAAGAAAACUGCGAGAUCAGAUGUCGAACUCUGUGGUGGAAAAGCGACGGUUUGGUCUUUUGGCUCAUCCAGACUUGAAGAUCCCUCGUGAUGUGGCAACGCCCGCGUUGGCUCACAAACGCAAGGAUGCUUUAGAUGCUCCGUCCACACCAGAAAGGAAGAAGAAAAGGCUGGCAGCCGCAACUGUGGGGCCAACUCCACGAGUGUCUCGCGCUUUGCUGAUGUCGCCAGAACUGGCAACCCCAGAACCUUGUCUUGCUGACGAUUCUCCAGUGCGUUGGCGAUUUGCUGAGAGUGUGCCAGUUGAGCCCACUGCGGCGGAAACUGAGGUGACUGCGUGCUGGUCAGCACUGAGGGAUGCACCCUGGUAG